GCAUGAAGCGGAGGCUGCCCAUCAGCCUCAGCGCCGACGCCGCGAUGGAACGCUAGCAGCCCGAACCAACAACAAACAACGCCACAGGCAAUCAACAAUGAGCGCACCAGCCCUCAGCCCCAGCCAGCUGAGCCCGGAAGUGAAAGGGCGCCGCCGCCCCCUCGGCCAGCCCUUCCGCUUCGCGUCUCCACCAUUACCACCGCUGCUGGAUAGUGCGAGUGCGCCUCCAGCUCUAGAUGACAUGAGCUUCCUGAGCCUGGACGACGGCCAGAGCUUCCUCACCGAGUGCGGGAGCGUCAACUCGAUGAAGAGCUACCCGCACAACUUGUGGGCGACGCCGUCGCAUGCCGACUAUCCGAUUACGUCGGAGAAGAUGGCGAUCCGGUCCUAUCUAAGGCGCAGUCAUCGGAGUCAAGUCAAGAAGCGGCGACGGCGCCUCGCUCUGGCGAAGGAGCGCCGGACGUUGCGCCUGAUCAAGGAGCACGAGCGCCGCGUGGAAUUGUUGAAAAUAAAGCACCAGCGCCGAAAAGUCGCGCAAAAGUGGCUGGACGUUUUAGUACAUAGAGCGAUCUAUAGCAAAGUUGUGUCGGUCUUCGAAGACGCGGACAAGGCUAGGAAGGAGAAUGAGAUUCGUAAAGAGCAGUUGCGCAAACUAAGCGCGACGGCGUCGGUUAUUCAAAAAGCCGUGCGCUCGAAGCUACUCAAGGACCUCAACGGCCAGCACUGGCAGCAGGUCGCGCGCUUCGCCGGGCUCAUGCGGCGGAAUAGGUGGCGCUGUUCUUUAGGUCUAAGGUGUUGGCGGCGCUACAACGCUAGAAACGUCGUGCGCGACUUUUUGAAACAAACAGCAAAGAUGCAGGGCGGUAGAGCGAUCCUCGUCUUCCAGCAGCGCGUGCGCUACGCCCAGCGGCUCGUGCGGGACUGGGUCAGGGUGAGGAAGCGGCGGAUGGCGUUCCUGCGGACCGUUCGUUUCCAGUGUAGCAACCGCGAUCGAUCGACGCCAUCGACGUGGCGCGCCGAUGGCGUGCUGGCGCCGUACGCCAUCGACGCGCCACGCACGCAGGUCUGGGAGGAGGUCGAGGCGGCCGCGCGGACGGAAAUCGGCGCGAAAAAAAUGAAACGCCUCGGCGAGCCGAAGCGGACGGCACGCAAGAAGUGGCGCGCGCCUAAUUUACAAGAGGAGGUCGAGGACAUGGCGCUCGUGUUUCGGGACCUGGAGGAGGAUUUCGACAAGAUGCGAAGGCGGCAGCACGAGCUAGGGGUCUCGCAUGGACCGGUGUGCCAGGUAUCGGAGACGGUCGAAGUUUCUCGUGUCCCUGCGGUGUUGCGGGAUGCGGCCUUGGAGGACUUGUUCCACGAGGUUUGUCUUCGGCACCAAUCGCGCGGCGGCGGUAAGGGUCCGGCGCUCCGCAAGAAGUCCGGCGUCACUGUUGGCCUCCCCCGAGAGUUUACGAUGGCGGAUGCCAACAAGAUCCUAGGGUUACACAACACGAAAGUAAAAGUCAAACCGCUCGUCGCCGACGACCUCGUGGACCCCCACUGCCUAGCGUCGAAAAAGUCCGUGAUGAUGCUCUACACGGCCUUCCUGCCCGAGAAGACGCUCAUGGAGACGGUCACGGAGCUCUGGACUGAAGCCUACGACACGCAGAACGAGCCCGUCGCGGCGUUAUAUCUCUCGCACAUCGUGAAGCGCGACGCGAAGGGAAGACGGGGGGCCCUCGUCCCGAACCCCAAGGCUCUGAAGCGGCGCCCCGCCCUGAAACGUGUGUCGCUCCUGCCCGAGCCGGUCGAGGAGGUCGUGCUGCCGUCGGACUACACGGCGGUUGUCGCACGCCACCUCAAGCGCACGUCCCGGGACUCGAGGGAUGAGAAGCGACUGAGCCGGUCCAGUUUUUAUCGCGACCAGGCGCUGCGGGAUCUCGGCGCGACGAGGCCGCCCUCUCAGGAAGAAGAGGAGGUUCCUGAGCGGGCGGAGACGCCCUACGACAUCCGGGAGGCGAUCGCGCGGCGGGCCUCACGCCUCGGGAUAUCUCAGAAAUCUCCCUUGCUGAAGAACGCUGGCCGCGGGCCGCCCGGGAGUAUUCCGGGGGUAAAUUAGUUGUACUAGAG